AGGCACCUGAAACUCUAAUUUUUUUUAUCAGUGCUCUUUCCAACUCGACUUCAAUAAAUAUCUUAUCAAUCCUUCGAUGAAAGACAGCCCGAUAUAUUUCCGUUUUGUUUUCGUCGAUUCUUCCACUAAAUUUAACCUGCCGAACGAGCCAUGCUAGAAAUGCAUUUUGGCUUUAUAUAAGUAUAAUUCGUUAAGAAAAAAAUUAUUCACGUGAAAAUGAAAAAUCGAGAUCGUAAAGCUAAGUCGAGUAAUGUAAAGCCUGAGAAGAAAGGAAGUAAACAAGAGAAACAAGUAGGAAAACGUUCACCGGUAUUGGGAUCAUCGGCCCGGCAGAAAUCCAAGAGAUCAGGAGUGGAGGCUGUCAAACUACACCUGGUUACCACCGGCGGAACCGGCAGGACUUCACGAUCAGCCACUGCGGUUCGAAAAACGAGCGUCCGAAUGACAGCGAUAAAGGAAUAUCCAUUCGACCUGAGUGAUUUGCAAAAUCAACAAAAGGCGGAAAACUUGCCACCGCCUCAAUAUAGCGAAAAGCCUCUGACCACGAACAUAGCACCGCAGACUACAGCAACUGCAGCAACUACAGACGGCAAAAGAAAAGUCUCUAUAAUGGCUGAUGAAAAUAGCAAGGACAGAGAGAAAAUGCCAUCUGAAAGCAGGAAUGGCCGAGUAUCUGGACAAGCGGAGGGGCCAUCGCGCCGAAAAAGCAACCUGCACAAUGCCAUGGCGGCUGAAAUGGAUUCAUCUUGGGAUCGGCCGGCGCAUAUAGAAGGUAGAUAUAAAAAAUACUCAACGACAUCAUCAAUUUAUUCCAAGAAGGCUUUAUCACAUCACAGUGAACACAUCGAGAGAUCGUGGUGGUACGCUUGUUGCCAGAAGUGUCACAGCGAAGAGUCCGGAACUCCGUCGUGGGAGCCUCCGCACUGGCAAAAAAUUUGCCCGUACCCGCUAUGUCCUUCAUACAGACACUUUGCUCAAAACGUUUCAGUAUUAUUAAUUGGUAUUUUAGUUUGGGUGACAAUAUGGAUAAUAUUAGGGGAAACAGCAGCACCCGGUGGGCAGCUGUUUACGCUCGCCGUGAUGACUAUAGCGGCGUACUUCGGCGGAUGGCUUAUGGUGAAACUUACCACACUGCCGGCGCUAAUCGGGAUGUUAAUUGUGGGAAUAAUCCUAAAAAACAUUGGUUUUGUUAAUUUCAAUUCCGAUUACCAACACGUAUGCUCUUAUAUAAGAAAAAUAGCUUUAACGAUUAUUUUAACUAGGGCAGGAUUAGACCUAGACCCAGUUGCAAUGAAAAAGUAUUUCUUUACUGUUAUAAAACUAGCUCUAGUGCCAUGGACAUUCGAAUGCUGUCUAUGUGCUGUUAUGGCCAACCUUUUGCUCGGAUUACCGUGGGAUUGGGCAUUUCUACUUGGCUCAAUAAUAGCAGCUGUGUCACCAGCUGUAAUCGUGCCUUGUCUAUUCCGCCUUAGAGGUAAAGGGUAUGGAGUGUCCAAAGGGAUCCCCACACUUGUGUUGGCUGUAUCCGGCGUAGACGAUGCUGCCAGCGUUGCCGUAUUUGGAAUUGUAUCAUCUAUUAUGUUUUCAAGUUCAUCAAUAACCAUGAAUAUAAUACAGGGUCCGCUCAGUGUUAUUGGGGGAAUAGCUUUUGGUGUAUUUUGUGGCUACCUCGUGAAGUAUUUCCCGGAACGAAAUGAUGCCUUUUUAGUACCUCUAAGAGUACUCCUUUUACUUACUGGUGGUCUUAUGUCAGUCUUGGGGUCAGAAGAAAUCGGCUGGGGAGGCGGUGGACCUUUGGCUGUGAUAGCGUUUGCCUAUGUUGCUGGUAAAAAUUGGGUAGAACAGGGCUGGGAACUAGAAGAUAAUCCUGUUGCUACCGCUUUUGAAAUCUUCUGGAUGUUCUUCGAACCCAUGUUGUUCUCUGUGACUGGUGCACAGAUUGUGAUUUCCGAAUUGCCGCCACACCUGGUUAUGGUGGGAUGCGGAAUUCUCAUGACUUGUGUAGUUCUAAGAGCUAUUGUCACUAGCGUCAGUGCGGUGAGGAGCAACCUCAACAUGAAGGAGAAAAUAUUUGUCGGUUUGGCUUGGAUGGCGAAGGCUACAGUUCAGGCUGCUCUAGCGCCUGUAGCCUUAGAUGAAGUUCGAAAAAUGGCAGGAGAAGACGGACCUUCAGCAGAAUUAAUUAAUUACGCUGAAACAGUGAUCACGGUUUGCAUCAUGUCCAUCGUUAUAACAGCCCCACUCGGAGCUAUUGUCAUCACAAUAACGGGACCGCGGCUCCUCUCUAAAACCACGAAGCCACCAGUUUUGGAAGGCUGGCGGCGCUCACACAGGCCAUCUAUUCGCGAUAUAUCGAUCAUCGAUGAAGAGGAGAUAGCGGAACGAGACGCAGAAUUGAGUGCAGAAAUACAUAAUUCACCUCCCAGUAGUCCAGACCCCACGACCAAGGCUCCCAACGCCUACAGCACGCCGAACCCCAUUACUGUUCAACCCAACCACCGAACGUAAUUCUAACAUUCCUUGAUAUCCUUUUACCGUCCACCACUAUAUGUUUCAAAAAGCUCUUGGCAUGUUCUUGAAAUAAUGCCCUGGUUGAGAUUUUAUUAUAUUUGCACAAGUAGUCUUAAGUAUGUGUAAGAUAUUUUAUUAACCAGACAAUAAAUCGAAGAAAUCUUAAAGAUUACACGUCCAACGAACGAAAUUUAAACAAUAUACAUAUUCUUAAAGUAAUUAUGGAAAGGUACCUAAAUAUCACAUUGAAAUUUUAUACUGUAAGAAAUUGUUUCAUGAAUUUCCAUUACACAUAAUAUAUAUUCAAUUAUGUUAUUACUAUGGUUAAUUAAAUUAAAUUUUUCGUAAUAUACAAUAUUAAACAUUGUGAUAAAAUUUACUAUAAGUGAAUGGGAAUGUCGCUUCGAAAAACUGUUAUAAAUAUUUGUUCGCCUACAAGUUUAAGUUUAAGUAGCAGGAGGGAGGUUCUUGUUUAAUAAAUUAUUUAUACUUUUGUAGAUAUGUUUAGUGCUUAGUUUAAAAUCAGUAUUUUAUGACCAUUUACUCUUAAGUGAAACAAAUUGUGUUAUAUUUAAACUUAAACUUACUUUGUUUUUAAUUGUUGUCUAAUAUCUACUUAAUUUAAAAUUCCGCUCUUAAAUUUAUUUUCUCGAAAGUAUUAUAAUAUGUGGCGAAGGAAAUGAAUAAUAUGUUUUUUUCCUAUCUACAUAAAAAUACUUCCUGUAUGUUUUAUAUUAUGUAUAACUAUAAUGAACCUACAAUUUCAAAAUUAAUAUUUAAUAUCACGAGAUGUGAUUUUCAAUAUGUGACUUAAUGAAUUAUGAAAUAUUAUUUUACCUAUAUUGUUUUAAGUCAAAUUCUUUUAAUGAUGAAAAAAAUAUAAAAGAUUGAAACCUAAACUA